AAUCUGUCUCUCCGCUGGAAUUUGCUCAAAAAAGUGCCCGAUGUUCAGUGCUUAUCGGCAUUGACACAUUUGAAUUUGAACGACAAUCAAAUUGAGAAAAUCGAGAAUCUGGAGACGUUGAGCAAUUUGGAGUUUCUCGACGUCUCCUACAAUCGAAUCACGAAAAUCGAGGGACUUUCUGGGUUGGCGAAGCUCAAAGAGCUUCAUUUAGUUCAUAACAAGAUCGUGGUUAUCGAAGGAUUGGAGGAGAACACAUGUCUGGAGUAUUUAGAAUUGGGAGACAAUCGAAUUCGAAAAAUCGAGAACCUGGGACACUUGAGCAAGUUGAGACGUCUUUUUCUGGGCGCUAACCAAAUUCGAAAAAUCGAGAAUUUGGACGAAUUGAGCACGUUGAGAGAGCUCAGUCUGCCAGGAAACGCGAUUCAAGUCAUCGAAGGACUCGACAAACUUUCAGGACUACGAUCGUUGAGUGUGGCUCAGAAUGGAAUUCGUAAAAUCGAUGGAUUGAGUGGGCUGACUAGUCUGGUUUCGUUGGACUUGAACGAUAAUAUAAUUGAAAAACUAGAGAAUGUGGAACAAUUCAAAGGAGUCGCAAAUUUGAUGCUCAGAAAGAAUAAGCUCGAUUCUUGGCACGAUCUUUAUCAGCUAUUGGAGAUGAAGGAGUUGACUGCGUUGACGCUGGAGAUGAAUCCGAUUUACAGCUCCGAUUACACCUAUCGCAACCGAAUGAAGCAAAUUCUUCCGGAAAUUAAAAUUCUCGAUGGAUUCCCGACCACUUGGCGCCAGGGUGAUGCCUAUCAACCACUCGAUUCGGAUUUCUACGAUAUGGGUGAUAGCUAUGUGACAGAGCCACCAUUCGUACACCAUGAUACCGGACCUAUUCUCGCGAUCGAUUGCCAUCCCAGCGGCAAGAAAUUCAUCACAUGCGGACAGAAAGCGAUGAGCAGCAAUGGAUUGGUUGUUGUCUGGAAUAUGGAGCCGGUGCUGAGCAAGAGCAAAGCGAAUGAUGAAAACGUUCCGAAAUUGCUGUUCCAGGUUGAAUCGCAGUCUCAAUCAAACUCGUGUAGAUGGUCACCGGAUGGAAAUCGAUUCGCGUUUGGCUCCGAUGAUUCGUCGGUUUCUGUAUGGGAAUACGUCGGCCGAAUCAACUCCCUUGGCUCUAUCACAGGCGGUGCACAGAAUGUCGAACGCUACAAAGAAUGCUGUGUCCUACGUGGCCAUCGAAUGGAGGUCUUGGCAGUCGAAUGGUCUCCGAAUGGAAAAUACCUGGCUAGUGGAUCACUGGACCAUCGGAUUAUCGUAUACAACGCUCGAAAGCUACCGGAUCAGAUUGCAGUUCUAACUGAUUGUCAGAUGCCAGUCAAAGGCUUGUCUUGGGAUCCGAUCGGAAAGUAUUUGGCUAGUUUGGAAGGAGAUAAGAAAUUGAGAUUCUGGGCGACGGACAGCUGGCAGUGUGUAACAUCAGUUACAGAACCUUUUGAAGGGAGUAAAGAAGAAACGGUGCUGUCUCGAAUGGAUUGGUCUCCGGAUGGCAAAUAUCUGAUGACCCCUGCAGCCGUUCGUGACGGACAACCACUGGUCAAAUUGGUCCAGCGAAAGUCUUGGAAAUCGGAUCAAUUCCUUGCCGGACACACGAAAGGAACCACGUGUGUUCGUGCGAUGCCCCGCCUUCUAGACGUGACUCUGAAGAAUGGAAAACGAAUGCAAUUGACAUGCGCAGCAGUCGGGUCCAGAGACAAAUCGAUUAGUAUUUGGAUCUUUCCAGGGACAGUAAAACCGCUUCUAGCCAUCAAUAACAUCUUCCAUCACACGGUUAUGGAUUUCGCAUGGUGUGGGCGGAGUCUGUUGGCGUGCUCACAAGAUGGAAGUGUCAAAGUUAUCAAUCUAUCGGAAAACGUUAUUGGGGAUAUGAUUACGAAUGAAGCCAUGAGCGAUCUGUGCUAUCAAAUCUACUCGAUCCGUCCGCCACAAUACGAAACGGGCGGCCAGAACGAUGAGAAUGACUUGGAUAGUAUGGAUGCGUUGGACAACUCCUUAUCAGGAAAUAACAAUUCGUUUAUCACUUGUCCAGAGGAUAUUGUUAAUCGGAGAAAGCAACUCGAUCAAUCCCAAAAGUCAUCAAACAUCCCUAACAAGUCUACAAAAACGACUCCAAAAGAAAUGGAAGCAAGCGCCCACGAGAAGAAAAUGAUGGAGGAGCGAAACAAGCAAAUCGAAGUGGUCAAAGAUGGAAAACGACGAAUCCAACCGGUAUUCUGUGGAACGACAGCAGCGACGUCUUCUGAUGUCCCAGAACCCGUGAAGAAGACGACGUUCGCCGCUCCUCCUCCGGUGAAAAAGAGAGCUGUUGUUCCAGUGUCAAAAGACGAAGUGGAUCUGGAAGAGUCUAGUGAUUCAGAUGACGAUGACGAGGAUGAGGAGGAAGAUGAUGAGAUGGAGACGUCGGAAGCAGAGUCUGGAAGGUCUAGAAAGAGAAAAACACCGGCUAGCACCACUCGUCCGAUGAUGGCGAUGGAUUUGAAGAAGCCGGUACUCCGACCGAUGGAACCGAAGAGCCUACAAACUACACAAGGAACAGUUGUGAUGGAAGCACCGGAGCAGCAGCCAAGACUCAGUCAACACGUUUUGGAUCGAAAAGGGAUGUUUGUAGAGGUGGAUAACAGAUGGAAGCAGGGAGGAGUCGAGACGACGCAGAUUAAACUAGUGAAGAAGAGACAGACGGAAGACGUGGAGGAUGAUGGAGAGGAAGAGAGACGGACGGUGCAGGAAUGUGUAUGGAUGACGGUGAUUGGAGUGCCGGUGAUCAUGGUGGCAGCUAAUAAACAUCAUGUAUUGCUUGGCUGUGGUGACAAGUCUAUCCGCGCCUAUCGAACGAUUUGUGGCUCUCACAUGUUCUGCCUUCGCCUCGACGCCCUCCCAGUUAUCAUUGGUGUUAAGGAGAAUGCCGCGUUUGCAUUGACAGAGUCUGCUCAUCUGAACACGUGGAAUUUGAAAUCGGGAAAAGCGAUCGUCGCUCGACAGCCACUUUUCGACUGCGUUGAAGCCACCGCCGAUAAUUCGCUGAUCAGUGUGGACGUAUCGGAAUCGGGAGUUCCAUUGAUAGUAUUCUCAAAUGGAUCCAUUUUCACUUAUAAUGUAUCCCUGUCGUGCUGGAUUCAAGCGAUUACUACGAAUGUUUUGGGACGGCUAACCUCUGCGAUAUCAGAUGCUCAAUUGGAAAGAAACGAUGGGACGACUGCGGGGCCAUUGGUUCGUCUUUUGAAACGAAUGAGGAAGCAGACGACGGCGCCUGGAGUUCAACCACAAGUUGUGAAGGCUAUCAAGGAAUCCCAAUUGGAACAGUUACUCCAUUGUGCUGAGCAAUUGGGGAAUCCACAUGACUAUCAGACGAUUCUAAUGCUCUAUGUGGAGACGUUAUGCGAAGGAGGAUCCGAGAAGAAAAUGAAAAAUGUGCUCAAUGAGCUGACUCGAAACGGAGCCCCCAUGCAAGUAUGCGGACUUCGCCGUGCGGCUCUCUGUGAUGACGUCACCCGAAUCAUCAAACAAAGACAACCAGCGAUUGCAGAGAGGAUUGGUGCGGGUGCCGCAGGAACGACAAAUACC